AUGCCACCCGCCGCCGCGAGAGCCCAAGCGGAGCUGCACCACCAAAAGACCAAACUCGCCAACUCGUACAGCGAGCUCCUCGACAGCAAGGACCUCCGUACUGUCGGCAACUACGCCGUCGGCCGCCUCAUAGGCAAGGGCUCAUUCGGAAAGGUCUACUUGGCCUCGAACAAACUCAUCAAUGGCUCCAAGGUCUGCCGCCAACAAUCCUUACACAGACCCAACACCGCUGACCCUCACAGNGUCGUACUCAAGUCGGCCAAAAAGGACGACGCCAAUCUCGCCCGCGAGAUCCACCACCACCGCCAAUUCCUCCACCCACACAUCGCUCGCCUCUACGAAGUCAUAGUCACCGAGUCGCUGGUAUGGCUGGUCCUGGAAUGGUGCCCCGGCGAUGAGCUGUACAACCACCUACUCGAGCACGGCCGCAUGGAAGAAAACAAGGUUCAAAAGAUCUUUACACAACUCGUUGGCGCAGUGUCAUACGUCCACUCCAAGUCUUGCGUCCAUCGCGACCUGAAACUCGAAAACAUCUUACUCGACAAGCACGGCAAUGUCAAGUUGGUCGACUUUGGCUUCACGCGCGAAUACCAGGGCACUACAAGUUAUCUGCAGACAUGGUGUGGCACCAUCUGCUACAGUGCGCCAGAGAUGCUGAAGGGAGAAAAAUACGCUGGUGAAAAGGUGGACGUCUGGAGUCUGGGAAUCAUUCUAUACGCUCUGCUGUGCGGAGAGUUGCCAUUCGACGAAGAUGACGAGAACGAGACAAAGCAGCGCAUUCUCAAGGAAGACCCCAAUUAUCCGGAAUACGUUCCAGAGGGCGCAAAGGACCUUCUCUCAAAAUUGCUGUCACGCCGUCCCCUGUUACGACCACCGUUGGCCGAUGUCCUCCGUCAUCCCUGGCUGCAAGAAUACGCUCCUCAGCAACAGGAGAUUCUCAAAGUCUUGCAACCUCCGCCAUUCAGUACCGAAGUGGAAAAAGCAACACUGCAACGCAUGCGCAGCGCCGGUGUCAAUAUCGAUCAUGUCAUUGAGAAUGUGCUGGGACAAAGAUGCGACCCACUGGCUGGCUGGUGGGGUCUAUUGCUCGAGAAAGAGGAACGAAAAGAAAGAAGGCGGGUACGGAAACGAAGAGAAAAAGAAGCAGAAGCGAGGAGUAUCAGAAGGCUGAGCGCAUCCAGCAGUCGUCUGUUGAAUGCGCCAAGCCUACGGGAAAUAACAGAGGAAGAGCAGGCGCGACUGAGCAUAGUUUCACUCAAGACUAGAGGUCGGGGCGUGAGCAGGUCUAGCGCUGCACCUCCUGACUUGCCCAGAGUCACCGAAGGCAAGACCCCGAACCCNGAUGAUCGACCACCGCCUCCUGUAGAAAAGGACCAGCGUCGCCGUUCGCUUUCGAUUACGUCGUCGAGUUGUGGUCCUGCUCUACCACCGAAGGAUGUGCCCAGGAGACCGCGUGCUGCUAGCAGAGGCAGCUCUCAGCUACUUCAGGUCAUACACACCAGAAACGACCUACUAGCCCCGCCGCCAUUUCAUCAAAAAUUACGGAAACGACCCUUCAAAGAUCAACUCGCCCAUCUCAAAUCCUGGUUCAAGACCAGCAGUGGAAAAUCGCANAAGAAGGAUAGCCAAGAGAAUCUCGAAGUGCAACUGGCGACUGCUCGUAAAGCUUCGGCUUCGAUGCCGUCGAGUCAACGGAGGGGCUCUGCUAACGAUCUCCUGAAGGAUCAGCGAAAGAGCCCGCGGCCGGAUAUGCAGACACGCACAACAUAUCCCAUACGGCCACGUAUAUCCACUGCCUCAUCGUAUGGCUCCACAGGAUCCCGGACCCAUGGAGGCAACAGGCCGUCUCUUUCACCAGCACCGCUUACGCCCCGCUCUUCCAUCUACCGCCGCGGCUCAGGUCUGCGCGGCAGAAAAUCGACAUCNUUCUUCUGUCUCAUCUGUUCGCAGUAUCCACACCCACCACCAUUCUCUUUCUCGCGCUUCCACCACCUCUUCAAACUCCGUGGCUUCUCCAUCUCUCAGCACACAUUCCCGUGCUAUCUCAAGGUCGCCGCAUACCAGCGGCAGUGUCGUGGUCCUACCCCUUCUACACCCACAUCCUCCGUUACUGGCACUUUUCCUUCUGGCAUACGUGUCGCUCGACGUCCUCCUCCUGGAAAUCUCGGCACUCUACCUACCUUGUCCACUCAAGCUCUCAACUCACCCAUGAAUUACACCUUCGGUCCCGCAUCUCCAGGUAUGCACCCCGUGUUUGCGAAAAAGAAACGCAGCGUCUUCAAAGGUCCCAGUCUCGGCAAUACACCUGGCGCACGGGGCAGAGGUUCCGGCAACAACUCUGGCGACAAUAGCCGCGGUACUAGCGCCCAAGGACGCCGCAGCAACGAAAUCACAAUUGCCGAGGAAGACGAGGAAGAAGAAGAGCAACAACAAGAACCCAAAGACUUUUUCGGCAGCAAAGUUACCUUGCAAGACCAGGGUAUGAGACUAGUCGAGGAAGACGAAGAGGAAGAUCUCGAAGUUGAAGAAGUGGAAAGUUUUUCUCCCAUCGAAGAAGGGGAUACAACUGCUUUUAUUAUCGAGGAAGAGGAAGAGGAAGAUCCAGAUGGCGAUGUUACUGUGAUACCCAAUCUAGGCGAAGAUGAAGUCGAGGCCACUUGUUCGCCAGAGUUGAGUAGAGAUGCGAAAACCAUUGCCGAGGAUGUUUUGAGUAGGGAUGUUGUCAAGGANGGAGAUGCAGAGGAAGGCGACACAAGUCUGGGGCUGGGCAUCAGUGGCGCUGGAAAUAAGUGA